AGUGACGGCUGCCACCAACCCGAGCCGACGCAUCUUGUGGUGGAACUGCCAAGUCAUGAGCUCGGAACCUCGACGUAAUCGAAAGCCGGCUCAAGUCGAGGAGAUGUUGAAACGAGCCGCGGCGGCGAGCUGCGAAGCGCCCAACCGGGCCAUGAAGAGGAGAAUCCGACAGAGGCUUCACAAAAAGCUGGGCCUCAUGGUGUCAGGGAACGAUUUUGACAAGGCCAUUGAGCGCUUUCAUCUCUUGGAGGCCUCCAAAGAAGGUCAAGUGUGUCAAGUGCAGGACGAUGGGGACGAUGGGCGCUUCGCUUGGGAGGGUGCCUGGCCUCUGUGUGCCGUCCAGGAUGUGAAACCAUUGGAGGAGAAGGCGAUUGUCCGAGUAGAAGGCAUGGAGUCCUUCACCCACUGUGAUGUGGACUAUGAUGCAAUGCGGAAGGAAUGGAUGGAGGCAUUGAAUGGCCACCUACCAGUGCAAAAAACCUUCGUGCAAUUCGGGCUUCAUGUCCAAUCUACAUUCAGCCGUCGCCGCAGCCGGUCCCUGUGAUGCGUGGCCGAAGGUGUCAGACUUCGACCAUGACAAAAAUGAUAGGAUGACC